AGCUCGCACUGCUUGGCUUGGGCGCUCAGUGCCCGUCCAUCCUCGCUACCCGGUAACAUUGCACGAGUGCUUCUCCUGCUGACGAGUGCAACCGGUGCAUUCGCACGGUAUCAUCAUCUCAUCCUCGAUGCACCAACUUGGUUCUCGCAUUUGGAGGAACGUUGCUCGGACGAACGUUGUUCGUCAAUAACGGGGUUGCCGAGGGCCAACACAAAUAUGAUCCGUCCUCAAUAAAACGAAUUAAAUUUUAUUCCACAAAAGAGGCCUCCAACGCUAGAAUACAUCGGCUAUAUAUAUAUAUAUCUAUAUAUUAUUAAUCUUGGGACCAAGGACGUCGAUCCAUUAAUCCAAGAAAAUCGAGGAAUCCCGAAGAUGUUUAAUCUUUAUCAAAGCUUGAAUAAAAAGGAUGAGGGUGAGAGCCAUCGUGAAUCGGAUGUCACCGGACAUGAUAGAUUCUGGCAGGAGAGACCAAGGACGCGUCGGAAACGACGUGCCGUUAAUCGCAGAACUCAAAGUGCCAUUGAGCUUGAUUCCGAAGCUAUGGUAUCUGCCCGUGGUGUCCUUAGACGUGGAAGAAGCGCAAGCAUCGAGGACGACGAAAGCGAAGAGGAAAAGGGCUAUCAAUUGACCAACAAAAUCGACAACUUAGCCAAAAUUUUAUUCAAUCGUGUCUCUGCCGCGCGAGGAUGCAGAGAUCAAAAUGAAAUCAGAAAUGGACGACACCACUACACGGCACUGGGUCACGGACCGUCCGCUUGCGAGGACGUCGGCGAGUACGUUGAAAUGGAAAAAAGGUCCAGAGACCGUGCUUUAUCAAUCUGUCAGACUUAUAUCCAACGAACCUCGCGGUAUACUCUCAUCAAACAGCUCAACAACAUCGGAUCGAGAGUGGACAAGCACUGGUUUGCUGUAAGAGAUACUUCCCUCAAAACUGACAGACUCAUCACUCUGAUGCCCUUGAAUAGAAAUUGUCCGUUGAGUAUCUGUCCGUCGACGAAAGACAUCCUUAACAAUUUAUUUCUCGCUCUACAACAUCCAUACAUUUGUCCUAUAUUCGGCCUGGAAUUUCUCGAGUACGAAGAACUCAACUACGUUGUCUUAAUCCAACCUAUUAAUCAUGGUAGUCUUAAGGAUCUCAUAUACGGCAUCGAAAGGAAUUGCUGGAACGAUGAUUGGAGUCAAAAGUAUGCUUCUCGUGGUAAAGGUCUACCAUUAUCACAAAUCCAGCAGAUGGGUAGGCAGAUAUUGGAAGCUUUGGUAUUCCUUAAAGAAAGAGGAUUUCCUGUAGUUUCUCAUUUACACUCUGGAAACGUUGUCGUGCAGAAUGGCGUAGCUCGUCUUGCCGGUCUCGAAAACACCCUCUUAGGUUUUAAAAGCAGAAUACAUCCAAUAGUAACAACACGAUUGACCAAAACAAGCACCGUAGACGUGAUCUGUUUCGGUCACAUGCUGUUCGAAAUGUGCGCCGGUUACGAAUUAUGCUCCUUCAAACCAACCGCUGCGCAUCUUUCGGAUAUCGAUACAUAUCCGCAGGUCAUCGAACUACUUGAGAUAAUAUUUGAUGAGACUAGAAAUCGGUAUCCGAGUAUAGAAGAACUUCUGAUUCACGACCUCUUCCGAAACAUAGACCUUCGUGAAAUGCGCUGUGCACCCGUUACGAUAUUUCGUCCUGCCUUGACACCCUCAAUAAUCAAUUUUUUGGAUGGUAUAAAACAACAAAAUUUAGGUAAAAGCCGACACAGGUCGCGUUCUAUAAACGACAUCCUAUUGAUACACAGGUUUUGAUUUACGAACUUAGAUUCGAAAGAUAUGAUAUCAUUGAAAAGUCCCGAAGCCGAAUACCAGGAUUCGCUUCUUGUCCAAAUAUACAACGAACUAUCUAACACGACCAUAUAAUAGGGGAACAAUUUUUUCGUCUUAUAUACACUUGUCAAAUUUUACUAUUAACGAUAAUAAGUGCCAAAAUAAAUAAAUCUUAAUUAUUAUUCGCGACUAAUCGAAAAUAUUGAAGAAAGUUGUAUAAUUAAAAAUAUUUAAAGGGGAUAUAAACUGGAACAUCUAGCAAAGAUAAUAACGCACGUUAAUAUGUGUUGAAGCGAACGAUAUUUUGAUAAAUUAUUCUAAGCUUACAAUUGAUAUUUAACAAUCCCUUUUUGAGUAAUAUGAAAAUGAUUACAGGAAAUUUUCAAUGGGUUAUUUUAAACCCCAUUUAUCUUAUAAACGUAUAUAAAACAUUUGUUUAUGUACAUUUUAUGUAAUAGAUAUAUCAUAUUGACUUUAAAAUUGUAAUCGCUUUAAAUAUUACCUGAUGUUUACACAUCUUUCUCAUUCUCAAAUUUAAUGCAACAUUCUUAUUAUUAUUGUAGCAUGGAUCUAAUACAGGGUGGAUUUUAGGACUAAAUUGUUUAGAUGAUUAUUUCGUCGUUCAAGAUGGUUUGAAACAAAAAAAUUCAGAAAUUACGAUAAAAAUUAUUAACAACCGAUAUUUUGUAACAGUUAAAAAACAAAAAAAGGAAAAAAAAAUAGAUAAAACACGAAUGAAUAAAUUGUCAAUAGAGAUUUCUUUAUCACACUAAUGUAAUUUCUCAUACAAACCUAUGUUCCAAUUUGGUCUUGUAUCGAACGACACGACACGACAUAGUGCCUGAAUGUUUAGCAUUUAUUUUCUAUGUACUUAAGAGCUACCCUAAAACCCAACUUGCUGAUUGUAAGAACGCGCUAUUACCACCGAUAGGCUCACUGCUGAUAAAUAUAAAUUCGUUUAUUAUUAAAUCUGUUUAUUAUUGUAUAUAGUUACAAAAAAAAUAAUACGAGAACGUAAUAUUAAUUAACUUGCACAAUACACUUAUAUAACGCUUGUUUUGUAAAUUCUUUCAAUUGUUAAACAGGUGUGAAAUUAUCAAAAUAUUUGUUCAACAAAUAAGUGAUAAAAAACAAAACAAAAAAUUUAUACAUUAUACGAGCAGAAACAAUAUUAUACUAUAUUGAUUGAUUGAUACAAGUUAAUUAAAAAAUAAAUUCUUUCGUUAAUGUACGCAGUAAGCCUAUGAUAGAACGUUUUUACAAAUAUACAGUACUGAUACUUAAUCAAUGAACCAGUACUUUGCAUUUCUCGCAAUUACAUGCAUUUAAAAAAAU